CGACAUGAGCGGUAGUCAAUUUCUUCGCGCCCUGGGACGCACUCUGGGAUGGGGCAGGAGCCAGCUGAAGGUCGAUAGCCGGCAUGUGGUGGUCAUCACGGGAUGCGACUCGGGAUUGGGCCACUCCAUGGCCGUUUACUGCCAUGAAUCUCUGCACAUGACGGUGGUUUCCUGCUGCCACAAUCUAAAGUCCGAAGGAGCCCAGCUGCUGCAGGAUCUCAACUCAUCCAAGGAUGGCAUGACCAGAAUGCACACCUUGGAGCUGGAUCUCCUGGAACCCGAUUCCAUUCGCCAGGUGCAUCAGCAACUCAGGGAUAUACUGGCCAAGGAUCCAGGACAUCGUCUAACAGCCCUCAUAAACAAUGCAGGAGUGAUGUGCUUCGGCGAAUUCGAAUGGCAGUUGCCCGAGCAGAUCGAGGCGCAGAUCAACUGCAACCUGCUGGGCACCAUGAGACUGACCCGGGAACUGCUGCCCCUGCUCCGCCAGCAGCAGGGCAGGAUCAUCAACGUGACCAGCCACUGCGGACUGCAGGCACUCCCCGCUCUGGGUCCCUAUGCCGCAUCCAAGGCAGCUCUUCGCUUCUGGACAGAUGCCCUGCGCGUGGAACUGCAGCAGUAUGGCAUGGAGGUGGUCAACUUCAUACCGGGAUCCUUCGUCCUGGACAGCAACAUCGCAGCCAGGCAGCAGCAGCAUGCCCAGAAGAUGCGGGAGGCCUUUAGCCAGGAGCAACAUGCUCUGUACGACACCUACUUCGAGGCCUUCAAUGGCUACCUGAAGGUCCUGAGUGGUUUCAAGCCACCCAAUCGCCUGAGGAACGAGUCGCUGCUGCGCAAGUUCAAAGAUGCCCUGACCAGCUCCCAGCCUCUGGCCUUGUACAUCGAGGAGCCCCGCAGAUAUCGCCUCUACCGCUGGCUCUUCGCCCUCUGUCCUACGCCACUGGUGGAUUGGCUCACCCUGCGCUUCUGCGCCAUGCCCACUUACGAGUCGACAAGCCGGCAAAAGAAGGUUUAGGUUAAUACGUAGUCUAUACAUUUUAAAUAUACAUUGUAGCACAUUGGAA